GAUUUCCAACCUGAUGCGGGUGCUGGGCACAGAAGCCGUCCAGGACCCGACGAAGGUGGAAGCUCAUGUCCGAGCACAGAUGGCCAAGAGACAGAAAGCUCACGAGGAGGCGAACGCGGCGAGGAAGCUCACGGCGGAGCAGCGGAAAGCCAAGAAGGUGAAAAAGCUCAAGGAAGACGUUUCCCAGGGAGUUCACAUAGCUGUCUACAGGGUCCGAAACUUGAGCAAUCCAGCAAAAAAAUUCAAAAUCGAGGCGAACGCGGGGCAGCUUUACCUCACAGGCGUGGUGGUCCUGCACAAAGAUGUCAACGUGGUGGUGGUAGAAGGAGGCCCGAAAGCACAGAAGAAAUUCAAACGUCUUAUGCUUCAUCGAAUAAAGUGGGACGAGCAGACGUCAAACACGAAGGGAGAGGAUGAUGAUGAGUCUGAUGAGGAGUCUGUUAAGAAAACAAACAAAUGCUCUCUGGUUUGGGAGGGCACGGCAAAGGAGCGCAGCUUCGGCGAGAUGAAGUUCAAGCAGUGCCCCACGGAGAACAUGGCGCGGGAGCACUUCAAGAAGCACAGCGCCGAGCACUACUGGGACCUGGCGCUCAGCGAGUCCGUGCUCGAGUCCACGGACUGAGCCCUGCGGGGCCCCGCGGCCCCUCCUGCCCCACAGCCCCCCUGAGCCAGACAGACCCCCGCCCUCGCUCUCCUCAGCACACCCAUUAAAGACAUAUUUUUUAAAACAAA